AUGUACGAUAAUUGCACAAUCUACCUUACAAUACAUUCAUUACAUCAUAUCAUUUAUUAUUUUACCGCGCUACACCUCCUAUUACGCCCUAGCUUGCCCAUCCUGCAGUACCAUCCUUAUUUAUUACGCCCCAUUCCUGCCGCCCCUUUUACCUCCAAAACAUCCUCAAAACAAAUAAAAGCAGAAAAUUUUCUGAUCCCCAUGGCAUCAACGAAGAGUACCGACCCGAAACAGAAAGCUGACGAGAGAGAGCAAUCGCAGCGUCCGCGCAGACGUGCCAACCCAAAGAACCUUGAAUCAUCUGCCCUGUACAAAUCAAGUGUAAAAAGGCUGGUACGCGAGCGUUUGAAGGACAACUACACGAUAUCCUCGGCAGCCGUGACCAUUUUGUCAUCAAUAGCAUUCGAUUUCUUCAGUAUGAUCGGUACCACAGCAGGUGACCUGUCGAAGAGUGUUAGCAAGCUAACCGUGGGUGCUACUGAGGUUAAGAGUGCGAUACGGUUGGAGUUGGGUGGACGGGAACUGUCCAAUAAUAUUAUUGUGGAUAUGGAGGCUGCUAUGAAGAAGUACGGUGGGAAGAGUGCGGAUAAGUAAGUAGAUGAGAAGUAUUAAAGAUGUUAGUAAGAAGGGUAUGUUGGAGCACCUGGUUUGGUGGUGCUUAUCGGUUCAUUCUACGGAUGGGUUAGUGCCAGGCAAUUUUAAUUCGUUUUGUUUUUACCACGCGUACCGCUCUGCACUUGCCAUGGCAAGCAAUUGCUUUGACGAAUCGUUUAUAUUGUGUUGUUGGGCCGCAGGGUGUUAGAGUAACAGCCUCAUCGCUUUGCGAAGAGUCGGUAACACUUGUUCGGUGAUGAAAGAAUAAAUUCGUUUUACGGGAUUGCGCAUGGCACUUUCUCUGCUAAAUGGUGAGCGCCAAGAACUUUUUUAUUUAAGACAGGGAGUUUUUCAAGUUACCUGGUGAGGAGUAUCGCGUAAGUCAUGGCUUGCAUGCUUGGUUCAGUGCUACGGUUGCAGCACAUCCCACAUCGUUGUGAGCAGCGUGCUAGAUUGUUGUGCAAGUUGAUGCACUGAUCGCUUCAACGAACCUCAGGCCGUAGUCGUACCCGGUAAAUCUGAAAAGUGUGUUUAUCUGAUCGGUG